AUGCAGCUGGUCAACUUUGUGUCAACCAUAAUAUGGGUUGCUUCGGGGCACCAUGCAGCUGUCAACUUUGGGCAAUAUGCCUACGCAGGUUACUUCCCAAACAGGCCUACUAUUACUAGGACAAAGAUGCCUUCAGAAUAUAUUAAUACAGAUCCAGACAAUUGGAACAAGUUUAUUGCAAGUCCUGAGACUACGCUCCUCGAAUGCUUCCCAUUAAUGCAACAGGCAGCUAAAGUUAUGGCACUUUUGGAUGUACUUUCAAGACACUCAAGCGAAGAGGAAUAUAUAGGCCAAAAUAAAGAGCCAUCUUGGGAGGCAGAAGAAGUGAUAAAAAUAGCUUAUAGAGAAUUUCAAGCUGGUUUAGAUACACUCGAACAUGAUAUUACAGACAGGAAUGAAGAUAAAAAUCUAAAGCAUCUAUAUGGAGCUGGUGUUGUACCUUAUGAUUUGUUGAGGCCUAAAUCCGAUGUUGGGGUCACUGGUAGGGGAGUUCCAAACACCAUCUCCAUCUGAGUUCAAUUGGAUUCGUAUUUUAUUUUUGUUAAUAUCUAACACUCGGGUGGACCUUAUGGAGAAAAUA